AAGCACUUGCUCAUUUGCAUCUCAGCAAACAGCGGCAUCGGUUUUGAGCUGGCAGCUCAACUCCUUGCCGAUCCCUCGAAUAUCGUUCUUCUCUGCAGCCGAUCUGUAGAGAAGGGCGAGGCUGCGGUGAAGGAUCUGGAGUCACGCAGCCUUCCCGGUUCGGUGGAGCUACUCCAACUCGACGUAUCGGAAGAGGAAUCGAUCAAUCUGGCAGUCAAAGAGGUAGAGAGAAGACACGGACGACUCGACGCUCUCGUCAAUAACGCAGGUAUUCCAUCGCCACGAGGCGUAACGCUACUUCAAGCGCUACAGACUGCAUUUCAAGUGAAUGCGUCGGGACCGGCAGCCAUGGUGGAGGCGUUCGCUCCUUUGCUUAAAAAGUCCACUGGUACGCCGCGCAUUGUGAAUGUCACCUCUGGCGCCGGGUCGAUCACGCUGCGGCUCGAUGCCACGACCCCAACAUACUCACAGAAGACGGUACCAUAUCGCGCAAGCAAAUCGGCCUUGAACAUGAUCACUGCUUGUCAAUCCGUUGAGUAUGGCCCCUUGGGUUGGAAGGUAUUCCUUUACUGCCCUGGUUUCACCCAAUCGAAUCUCAGCUCGUUGAACAAGGCGGAGAAUGGUGCAAAGCCCACAAGUGAGGGAGCUCGUCCAAUUGUUGCGAUUCUUCGUGGCGACAGAGAUGCUGAGCAUGGAGGAUACUUAAAAGACAAGGGUCAGUGGCCGUGGUAG